AUGGCGAGAAAUGCAUCGCUUGAGGUUGCUAGCUUCGAGACACAGCUCUCUGAGAGCCUGCUGGCUUCAAGCCACUGGCAGACAAGCGAGCCUGGGCAAAAGUUCCAAAAGGUGAAGGAUUUCCUGGCACCUGCAGACCUGCUGCAGGUGGGCGAGGAAGGGCGGCUUCACCUGUUGAACUUCUGCUUCCCGCGACAGCCACUUAAACGACAGCGCUGCAGGGCAAGAGGGCGGGCCUCAGACUUGACAGGGAGGGAGGAGGAGGAGGAGCAGGCCGCUCCGCAGCCGCCGUCGCAGCCCUCGCCGGCCACCGUCCGCCCGCGCGAAGCUUCUCGGCGGAGCCUCUCUCCGCGCUGCUGCUGCUGCCCGCCCCCUCCCCGGGCUCCGUUCUCCUCAUUCCCGCACCCUUUCCCCCUCAGGCGAUGGAGCGGCGGGGCCGCAGGCGGCGCGGCCUCCUCGCCCUCGCCCCAGCCUGGCUGGCCGCCGUCCUGCUCCUCCUGUGGGUCCGGCGGCGGCCGGGUCGGAGCCGGAGCCGGAGCGGCCGCCGAGGCGAAGGAGUGCGACAAGCCGUGCGCCAACGGAGGGCGCUGCCAGCCCAGCACCGGCCAGUGCGAGUGCCCGCCGGGAUGGGUCGGCGACCAGUGCCAGCACUGCGGGGGCCGCUUCCGGCUUACUGGAAGUUCGGGGUAUGUAACAGAUGGACCUGGGAACUAUAAAUACAAAACGAAAUGCACAUGGCUUAUUGUGGGAAGGCCGAACUCGAUCCUUAGGCUCCGCUUUAAUCAUUUUGCGACGGAAUGCAGCUGGGACCACUUGUACGUAUAUGAUGGGGAUUCGAUUUAUGCUCCAUUACUGGCUGCUUUUAGUGGCCUGAUCGUUCCCGAGAGGGAGAGCAACGAGACGGUCCCGGAAGUUGUAGCCACCUCUGGUUAUGCUCUCCUCCAUUUCUUCAGCGAUGCGGCAUAUAACUUGACAGGAUUUAACAUCACUUACAACUUUGAUGUGUGCCCUCAUAACUGCUCUGGCAGAGGAGAGUGCAGGGUCACCAACAGCAGCAAAGUGGUUGAAUGUGAGUGUUCAGAACAUUGGAAAGGAGAAGCCUGUGACAUUCCAUUCUGCCCAGACGACUGCGGCUCCCCAGAGAGAGGGCUCUGCAACGUGAAUGGUACCCAAGGAUGUGUUUGCAACUCGGGGUGGCAAGGUACAGACUGCUCAGUACCUGUCCCAGCAAACCAGUCGUUCUGGACUCAGGAGGAAUUCUACACCCCCAAACUUCCUAGAGCAUCUCAUAAAGCCGUAGUCCAAGAUGAUGUCAUGUGGGUAGUUGGCGGUUACAUGUUCAACCACACGGAUGCUCAAAUGGUUUUGGCGUAUAAUCUUCUUUCUGGAGAGUGGCUGCCCCUGAACAGCAGCGUGAAUGCAGUUGUGAUCAGAUACGGGCAUUCCCUGGACAUACACGAAAAUAAAAUCUACAUGUAUGGAGGCAAGAUAGAUGAAUCUGGGAACGUGACCAGCGAGCUCUGGGUGUUUCAUAUUGCAAACCAGUCAUGGGUUCAUGUGACCCCAAAGACCAAGGAGCAAUACGCUGUCGUUGGCCACUCAGCCCACAUUGUCACGCGGGAUGACGGCACUGUUGUGAUGCUGGUCAUCUUUGGGCACUGCCCUCUUUAUGGAUACAUCAGCAAUGUGCAGGAAUACAACCUGGCCACAAAUACAUGGAAUAUUUUGCAAACAACGGGAGCCUUAGUUCAAGGAGGCUAUGGCCACAGCAGCGUGUAUGAUCCAAACACCAAGUCCAUCUACGCUCAUGGAGGUUACAAGGCGUUCAGUGCCAACAAAUACAGACUAACAGACGAUUUAUACCAGUAUGAAGUCAAUAAGGGCAGGUGGACAAUUCUCAGAGACAGCAAGUUCUCCCGAUACCUGCAUUCCGCUGUGAUCAUUAGUGGGACCAUGCUGGUGUUUGGAGGAAACACCCACAAUGACACUUCUAUGAGCCAUGGUGCCAAGUGCUUUUCUUCAGAUUUCAUGGCCUAUGAUCUAGCUUGCGAUUGUUGGUCCGUGCUGCCUCAACCUGACCUCCCUCACGACGUCAACAGAUUUGGACACUCUGCUGUGCUGAACAACAACAAUAUGUAUAUAUUUGGAGGUUUUAACAGCCUGCUGUUGAGCGACAUUGUGAAAUACACACCGGAAAGCUGCGAAGCCUACAGCAAUGCCACCUCUUGCUCGGGGGCAGGCCCCGGGCUCCGAUGUGUGUGGAACAGCUCCACCCUCCAGUGCCUCCCGUGGGAACUGGCCACAGAGCAGCAGGAGCAAAAAGGUGCCGAGGAAUGCCCUUGCUGGACAGCUGUGGACCAUGAGAAAUGUGACCAGAUAACAGACUGCUACAGCUGCACGUCCAACACAAACCGGUGCCAUUGGUGUACCGACCAGUGUGUGUCAAGGAACAGCAACUGCUCGGAAGACCAGACUCCCAUUGCUGCGUUUGAAAAUUGCCCCAAGGAUAACCCUGCAUUUUACUGUAACAAGAAGACGAGCUGUAAGAGCUGCAGCCUGGAUCAGAACUGUCAGUGGGAAGGUCGGAAUCAAGAAUGCAUUGCUUUGCCUGAGAACAUCUGUGGGGCCACCUGGCACUUGGUGGGCAACUCUUGCCUGAGAAUCACGCAAACGAAAGAUAGCUACGACAAUGCGAAGUUGAACUGCCGGAGCCACAAUGCCGCUCUGGCGUCGCUCACUACCCAGAAGAAGGUGGAUUUCCUUCUUAAAGAACUUCAGAAAACACAGUCAUCGCCGAAAGCCCUGACACCCUGGGUUGGGCUGCGGAAGAUCAACAUAUCGUACUGGUGCUGGGAAGACAUGUCUCCCUUCACGAACACCUCGCUCCAUUGGCUGCCUGGGGAGCCGAGCGACAUUGGGUUCUGCAGCUACUUGGCCGUGCCAAACAACCAAGGGCUGAAGGCAGCGACAUGCAUCAACCAAGUCAAUGGCAGCGUCUGCGAAAGGCCUGCCAACCACAGUGCCAAGCAGUGCCGUACCCCCUGUGGCUUGAGAACGGUGUGCAGCGAAUGUACCAGCAGCAACUCUGAGUGUAUGUGGUGCAGCAACAAGAAACAGUGCGUGGAUUCCAGUGCUUAUGUGGCCUCUUUCCCUUAUGGCCAGUGCAUGGAGUGGCAUACCGUGAGCAGCUGUCCACCUGAAAACUGUUCUGGCUACUUCACUUGUGGGCACUGUUUGGAGCAGCCUGGCUGUGGCUGGUGUACGGAUCCCAGCAAUACAGGCAAGGGGAAGUGCAUUGAAGGCUCUUCCAGAGGUCCAGUAAAGAUGCCGCCUUCACCUCCACCAACAACGGGAAAAUCCUACCUAGAGCCUGUCCUUGAUGUCAGCAUGUGCCAGGCUGAGAACAAAUACAACUGGUCCUUUAUCCACUGUCCAGCCUGCCAGUGUAACGGGCACAGUAGAUGUGUCAAUGAGAGCAUCUGCGAGAGGUGUGAGAACCUGACGACUGGCAAGCACUGUGAAACCUGCAUCUCUGGUUACUAUGGAGACCCCACAAAUGGAGGCACCUGUCAACCUUGCAAGUGCAAUGGCCAUGCUUCUAUCUGCAACGCAAACACAGGGAAGUGUUUUUGCACCACAAAAGGAAUCAAAGGAGAGGAGUGUCAGCUGUGUGAGGUUGAAAACCGAUACCAAGGCAAUCCUCUCAAAGGAACCUGCUACUACACUCUCCUUAUCGACUAUCAGUUCACCUUCAGCCUUUCGCAAGAAGAUGAUCGUUAUUACACGGCAAUCAAUUUCGUAGCGACGCCCGAAGAGCAAAACAGAGACCUGGACAUGUUUAUCAAUGCUUCUAAAAACUUCAACCUCAACAUCACUUGGUCAACAAGUUUUGCAGCUGGCACCCAGGCAGGGGAGGAGAUUCCGGUGGUUUCAAAGAGCCAAAUCAAGGAGUACAAGGACAGCUUCUCCAAUGAGAAAUUUGACUUCCGCAACAAUCCCAACAUCACUUUCUUUGUCUACGUGAGCAACUUCACCUGGCCAAUAAAGAUACAGAUUGCAUUUUCACAGCACAGUAACUUUAUGGACCUGGUACAGUUCUUUGUCACCUUUUUCAGCUGUUUCUUGUCUCUGCUCCUUGUGGCCGCUGUGGUUUGGAAGAUUAAGCAGAGCUGCUGGGCAUCACGGCGGAGAGAGCAACUGCUCCGAGAGAUGCAGCAGAUGGCCAGUCGCCCCUUUGCGUCCAUCAACGUUGCCUUAGAAACGGACGAGGAGCCACCCGACCUCAUUGGAGGCAGUGUAAAGACUGUCCCCAAACCCAUAGCGUUGGAGCCCUGUUUUGGCAACAAAGCUGCUGUUCUUUCGGUAUUUGUGAGGUUGCCACGAGGCCUGGGAGGUAUCCCCCCACCAGGGCAAUCAGGUCUUGCAGUAGCUAGUGCUUUGGUGGACAUUUCACAACAAAUGCCUAUUGCCUACAAAGAGAAGUCGGGAGCGGUACGAAGUCGCAAACAGCAGCCUCCAGCCCAGCCCGGCACCUGUAUUUGAUGCAUGGACAUCUGAACUGCCUCUUUAGGGUUUUAAACACAAGGGAUUACCUGGGAGGAGGACAGAGGUGUGUGGGGUUUUUUUUUGGCAAGGUUUGUGUUGCAAAGGACACCUCGAAGCACCGGGGGCAGUGUUUCUGGGGAGCAUCCAGCCCUUCCUGUUGGCGUUGUCUUAGUUGGCCUUGUUUUGACAUCCACUCCGUCUUAGAUUUGCCGAUCCCGUCGUGCCCACCUGGCUCCCACGUUUUUACUUCUCCCUCUCCUAUCCAGCUAAAGGCCGUUGGUUGCGUGUCCAUUAUCCGUCCGCCUCUACCACUGAAGGUUGGCAGUAGGGAAAAGCCACGGGAAGACAAAGAACACUCAGCUUUUUGUAUGUGGAAAGCGCUUUGUGGUAUUUGAUUCUCUCCCCACACCCCUUCCCUGGUUGUACAAGAAAAGCUGCAGCACUUACAGAUAAUUUUCUGCCCUCGGCAGUUAAACCCCCAGGAUUUAAGGAGAAGCUAACUCAAUUUCCUUCCAGGAACCCAGUGUUGUAAAAAAUUCUAUUUAUUUCUCUCUUAUUUAGAGCUCUGUUCCAAAUACAAUACCUUCAUUGGG